AUGUGUUUUAUUAUUGAAAUAUGGAUGAAAUGAUAAAUAUAAAUAAAAUGAAUUUAAUGAUUAUUAAGUAUUUAGCUUUUUGUAAAAUAACAAUAUUAAUCUAAUUGGAUAAUUUGUUUAAAAAAUAAAAGUAUUUAAAUGUUAUAUAAAUAAAAGAAUAAAAACAAUAAUAAUUUUAAUAUGAAUAAUCCCAAUUAGAUUCUUAACGGAUAUCCAUUUGAUACACCAUUUAGAAUAUAAGAUAAUAAAGUUGGUGUGGUUGAGAUCAUACUCUAUUCAAUAGGCAAAAAUCCAAUAGUAUAAAGAAGAGCGAAAGAUGAGAAUAGAAUGUUUAUUGAGGGGGCAUUUAUUAACCGUAAUAUCUACUAAUAUUGAUAAAUGACAUAAAGACAUGGAUAAAAAAAUG